GAUAGCAUUGUCACUUGUAAUACUUAUGUAUUGUUUAUUUUUUUUUUAAACAAGAAAUCAUAGGAAAAUACUAUGAUCAAUUAAUAAUUAGUUUUUUAUUUUAAAAUGGUACGCGUUAUAACUGCGUAUAAUUUUGAAGGACAAAAAGUAGACACUUGUGCGGACCCCGUUGCAUUUACAUCAGCUCCUUCUAAUCGAUUACUAAUCGCUCUGCCAUAUAAUGCUAUUGAGGUUCGAGACUUAUCCAAGAAUCCCCAAGCUACGUACACAAUUCCUACAGUUGAUCAAGCUCUCGAACUGAUUUACUGUGUUACUGGCAACUUUAUAGUAACUUUGGAGACAAAGCAAAAACGUUCUGGUCAAGAUACACAGUACAUAAGAAUUUAUUGUAAUUGGGAACAAUGUCAUCAGGGAAAUCCACCAUUACGAGCCAGAAUAGCUGGCCGAGUUACACCUACAGGAUCUCAGAUUGGAGACAAUGCACUGGAUAUGAUUGAAUUACCUUUAAAGUUGACAAGAAUAAACACAUUUACAUGUUGUCAGGAAACUGCAAACAUUGUUGUUGCAUCUGCUAGUACUCUUAAUAUUUUUAGAAUGGUUAUGAAAACACAUGAUAUAUCACGAUUAAGAUUUUUGGAUUUUGAACCUUGGGUAAUGGCGUUAGACCUAUCAUUUAAUGUUUGUGGUAUCCAAAUGGAACAAGAUAUUAUUUCUGCUUAUGGAGAUCGACGAGUUCAAAUGUUCCGUAUUCAUAAAGCAAGUCCAAAAUUAUCAGAUUGGAAUAAAUCCAGUUCGACUUCAUCAAAACCUGCCAUUGAAGAAAACAAACAAGCAAGCAUAUUGUUAUCUACGCCAAUUGACUUAUCACAUCUAAUCAAGUCUAAAGAUGAUUUAUAUUUGAGAAAUCUUAUAAGUCCAAAAUGCUUUCCUAUUAUGACAUUGACACCAAGUUUUGGCGAUAGUGCUCUUGUUCUGCAAGAAGAGAAUGCGCCAUUUAAUAUAGUGAAUUUGCCUAUUGCUGUAAAUGAGUCUGAAGCAAGUGAGCCUUGGGCUGAUCCAGUAAUUUGGACUGUCGAAAUAAUUUUACAACUUGAGUUAGAUGUAAGCAGAUGUCAUAAUACAGAUGAGCAUAUAAAAAAUGUACUAUUGCAUUUGAUAUAUAAAAGACACGAAAAUUCCAGUAAAUCAAAAGGAAAUUCUUCUAGUUUUCGUUCACCAUCAUAUGAUCACUUAACUUGCGUAAAUUGCUUAAUAAGUUUGAAAGAAGAAGCAUUUGUAUUUCAUUCUUUAGUGAAACACGAUAAAACUAACAAAAAAAUAACUCCUUCAAAAUGUAUAACAGUAUAUAACUUCACAUCACCAGUGGUUAACAUUUCCAUGGAUCGAUCAGUGCUGCAUGUCUUAACCACGUCUAGCUUAGAAACUUACACGAUACGUUUAUUUCCUUCAUCGAGUCCUGUACAAUCGCAAAUUCUGUCGGAGCGAGUGACUCUUAUUGGUCAUAAACCUUUUUUGGGAACUGUUGACAUGGUUCUUUUAGAAAACAAUCUCAUCAUUUUCACUUCAGCAAGCCUGAAUAAUGAUCAUAAAACAAACAAUAAUUGGACAAUGUAUACAUUAAUGUUGCCUUCGCCCUCUAGUAUUUGUAAAGUUCUCACGUUUAAGGCAAGGAUUUCUAGGUUCAAAACUCCAAAUAAGUACAUUCAUUUAAUGAAAGAAGCAUUAAACCUUACGGAUAUUGUAGAAAGGUACACUUAUUGUGGAUGUGGAACAGCCCGCUUGGGUAGUAAUGAUUUUAAGAAGUUUUGCUGUCUUGUGGCUGACUAUUACUUUUUGUUUGAAAAGUUGGGAUGGGAUUGGUCUUAUACACUUUAUGAAAUUGCCAAAUUAUUACCAAUGGAUGUAUUUGUUCGAAUGAAACAACUGGAAGAUAUGUACAAACAUGUUAAAAAACCAGUGGAUACGAAGCCGGCAAUUAAAUAUUACAUUCGCUGUUGGAUACGUGAUCAUAGCGAUAUAUUUGAUUUAAAAACAUUAACAUACGGAAUUAGAAUGGCUGAAAAAAGUUCUGAUUUACUGUACGUUUCAGAGUUAAUUUUGUCUGAGGAGGCUGUAAGAAAACUACCCCUUAGUACUGCCAUCAAACACAUACAAAAAAACUUAGAACUUAGUUAUGAGAGUAAAGGCGCUUUAACAUUUACUUUGCUUUUUUUAUAUUCAAUAACUAGUAUUGAUACUAAAAAUGUUAUUGAUUUGUAUAAUGAAGCUGAUGAAGUGUCAAAUAAAUCAUUUGUACAGUUUUGUGUAUCUCAUGCUAAUUUACUAAUUCAACAGGACACAUCAUUUUCAGACUUCUCUAUUGUUUUAAUGCAAGAAACUUCAAUUUUAAUGGCCAAAGGUCUUGCUGAAAUAGUCACAUCUAAUCAAUCUAUAAAAUUAAGAAGAAUCAUUCAAGCAUUUCAAAAGUACAUUGGAUCUCAUAUAUACAAUACAUGUGUUACUGAAACUUUUAAGAGAUUUCUCGAGCUACACUUUUCAUGUGCCUACAGUGCCGAUAAAAAGCCUGACCUUACUAAGAAAUAUGUCUGUGAUGCUAUUAAGAUAUUAUUUCGUCAGUACUUAACAGAUCUCACUAAACCAAUGACCGAAAACAAUAAACAAAAUAAUAUGAACGAUUGGAAAAACAUGUACCACUCUCAAAUACCUGGUUAUAUUCAAGUGUUACCAUGCUUUAAUAGACAUAACGAAAACUUAAUCAAACUGCAAAGUUUAUUUUAUACUAACUGGUUAACCAACGAUUUUGUAGAAGAUAUUAAGCAAGUUCUUCCUAUGUUGAACAAGCCUCAGCUAAGUUUAGAAAUUAUGUCCUCGCCAAAUACAAAAUAUACUAUAGAAAUAAUUGUAGACAAAUGUCCUCAAGCUAUUCUUAAGUAUACAACUGAUUGCCUAAAAUCUGUGACCGAUUGGAAGUACACAAUUGAUUUAUUAGAAAAUAAAUCAAAAUGUCAAACGGAAAUGGAAUGUCAUUCAAAGUAUAAUGAGAUUUUACAUGAUAUAUUAGAUUACUUAUCGCAUAACAUGUCCGUUGAAGACUUGUGUAACACUUUACCAGCAGAAGCCACAAAUGAUACCGUUCUUCAAGAUGAGUACCAAAACUAUGUAAUUACAUGUCAAAAAAUAAAUCAAGCCAAUCAAAUCAAAUCAAUGGUCAUGGCCACCGGUCAACAGCUUUUAGCAACACUUAGUUUUAAAUAGAAGAUAGCAUACAUAAUUUUCAUUACAUUUUUAUUGUUUGUUUUGGUCUACAUUGUUUUUACCAUUGUUGGCACAAAUUACGAAUCAUGCAAACAUUUAAGGCUAGUUCAUUUAAGCGCACAAAAAAAUAGUAGAUUUAGUUGCAUCAUUUCUUUAUUCGUCUUUGUUUGUCAAUUUAAUCAAAUGAAAACAUUCAAAACAUCCAUUUCAAAUAAUAAAAAUUAUAUUUUAUAUAAUUUAAUUGAUUUGUAUGACUUUUAUUAAAUGUUCUCAAGACAUUCUGACCCAAA